CAAUGGUUGCCGUUCGUGGUUCCGCGUCAUUCCUGCUGCUUGGAAGUUGCUGGCUUCUGCUGGUCGGAGCAACCCCGGCGAAAAGUGGCCACAGCGAGUUUUACACCUCCGUGACUAAUAUGGCGUAUCUGGUCGAAAGUGAGCAGCACAUUUUGCAGCGGCUCGACAAGUACAUCCGGUUGGCCGAGGAGAAGAUUCGAUUCCUUCGACGUCAGAAGGAGAAGCUGAUGGUCGAUAUCGGAGAAGCUUUAGCCGAUAAAGUUGGCUACGUGUCGAAUCCGAUCAACGCCUUUCUGCUGACGAGGCGUUUUCUGGUGCACUAUCGAAAGCUUGACGAGCUAAUGCAGAUGGGGUUGGGUGUGCAGUUGAUCGAUGAUUCGUCAAUGGUUCCCAGCGACGCGGAUUACAACGGGGUGGUGGAGGCGCUCGGACGAUUGCAGGAGACGUACCAGCUGGAUACAGCCGAACUGGCUGGGGGGAAAAUUCGUGGCCGUACCGUAAGCAGAGAGCUAACGGCUGAAGAGUGUUACAAGAUUGGCGCAGCACUUAGCAAGGAUGAAGGGAUUGUGUACGCCACUUCGUGGCUAAGGGAGGCACUUCGCCGCUGGACACUGGGGGAUACUUCCGGCGUAAGUAAAUCCGAGAUAUUGGCCUAUCUUUCAUACACGAUCUUCAUGGAUGGCAAUUACGAAGAGGCUCUGAGUGUUGUUAAACAGUUGCUUAAAUUAGACCCUACCCAUGAGGAAGGUCUGAAGCGAAAGGAGACCAUCGAAAACUGGUUGAAGUAUGUCGAGGUCCACGGACCGGCCCCGAGAUCUGUCAAACCUGAAUGGUCUCUGUACAAACCACUGUGUCGUGGUGAACAUCAGCGUCCCGUAGCCGAAUCUUCAAUGCUACGUUGUCGGUAUGAGCGCAGUAAAAGUCCCUUCAUCCGGAUUGCCCCCUUCAAAUUAGAGGAACUGAGUUUGGAUCCGUUGAUCGUGUUGUAUCACGAUGUGGUAUCCGACGGGGAAAUCAAACAGCUGAUCGUGAUGGGUAAACCUCUGCUCAAGCGAUCGAUGGUUGGCGAAGGACCCGAGUCGAGAGAGAUCUCCACAAGCCGCACUAGCCAGAAUAGUUGGCUCAAAGAUUACGACCAUCCUGUUGUCCAGAGGUUGACCCUUCGGGCGGCAGAUAUGAGUGGUUUGAAUAUGAGAGCCGCCGAGGAGCUGCAGGUGAAUAACUAUGGAAUCGGGGGACACUACCUGCCUCACUACGAUUGGACCCAGGAGAAGACGGAAGGAUAUAUGGGGAUGGGCAAUCGUAUCGCAACAUUGAUGUUCUAUCUGUCCGAUGUGGAGCAGGGAGGAGCGACAGUAUUUCCACGACUCGGAGUUGGUGUGUUUCCGAAGAAGGGGUCGGCCAUCUUCUGGUACAAUUUGCACCACAACGGAACCGGGGACGAUCGGACACUACACGGAGCCUGUCCGGUGCUUCAGGGAUCCAAAUGGGUGGCCAACAAAUGGGUUCGCGAAUUUCAUCAGGAGUUUUUGAGACCAUGCGAGCUGUCUUCGGGCAGCACAAGCAACGAUUCCAAGUAACAAACGCUCCAAUAAACAGAUCCG